AUGGACUCCAAACUGGUCAUCAACGGUAACAACGUGCCUCUUUGCGACACAAUUCCACCCGAAAAUGAAGACAAUUGUUUUACGUAUUCAUUCAAAGAAAGAAGGAAAGAACUUCUGCCCAUGGGGUGGCGAAAGACACCGCGAAGUCGACCUCUUCCUAGCGAGAUAAUCUACGAGGUGAAUGAGGAGAUGAAGCACUCCGAUGGAGUCAAAAUAUACUACGAUGUUUGUCGGCCGAAUACUUCGGAAAAAGUCCCUGCGCUUCUUGCCCUCAGCCCCUACGGAAAAGGGGGGCAUGGAUUCCGCAACUACGAUCUCAUGCCGUAUAGGGUUGGCGUGAAAGAGGAAAUGCUCUCUGGACUGGAGAAGUUUGAGUCGGCUGACCCCGCCGAAUGGGUUCCACGAGGUUACGCCAUCAUCAGCGUUGAUGUCCGGGGUUCGUGGGACUCGGAGGGAGACCUAUUCAUUGAGGGAACAGGGUCCGGCCGAGAUGGUGCAGAAAUCGUGGAGCAUAUCGCUAGUCUGCCCUGGUGCUCGGGCUCCGUGGGAAUGCAAGGCAAUUCGUGGCUGGCCCAAGUACAAUGGAGCACCGCGUCCCUUUGCCCUCCAUCUCUUAAGGCUAUUGCGCCCUGGGAAGGCUUCACAGAUAAAUAUCGCGACGUGUUGUGUAGAGGCGGCAUACCUGACGCUACCUUUGAUAACCUUCUCUAUCGUGCAACCGUCCGCGGCCGACAGAAGCGAGAAGAUGUCGCGAAAGCAAUCGAGAAGUGGCCGCUGAUGAACCCCUACUGGGAAGACAAGAUAGCCAAAAUCGAAAACAUCGACAUCCCCAUGUACGUCGUCGCAGGCUACAGCUCCAGCAUCCACAGCUACGGAACCAUUCAAGGCUUCCGAACGGCGAAGAGCAAGAAGUGGCUUCGGGUUCACUGCACACAAGAAUGGUUUGAUAUCUACAGACCCGACAUGACAGACGAGCUUCAAGCAUUCUUUGACCGGUAUUUGAAGGGCAUUGAAAAUGACUGGGAGAAGACCAACCCGGUGCGGGUGUCAAUUCUGACGUUUGGAGAUCGCUUCGGCCCUAAACCGAUCGAGCACUUCCCAAUGGAUAGCUAUCCCCACGCAAAGACUGAAUACAAGAAGCUCUACCUAACCGAGGGCCAUCUUUCCCUCUACUGCCCGGAGUCCACUGGCGUCGCUUCGUAUCAGUCUGAAGUCAAAUCGGAGACAGCAGACCUUUUCUUCACAUUCACGGAUACCACCACAUUGAUGGGAUUCACCAAAGCCAAGCUUUGGGUCUCAUGCAAUGAUGCGGACGACAUGGACAUCUAUGUUAGUUUGAGGAAAGUGGACAAGUCUGGAAAGGUCCUUGAGCACGUCAAUAUACCAUGGACCGCGAUUCCCAAGAGCCACAACUAUCAAGAGGAUGUGGUAGGCUCAAAUAUUAUCAAGUUCACUGGAUCUCACGGAAUGCUGCGCGUCUCCCAUCGUGCUACUGACCGAUCCAAACAAAACUCCAUCAUGCCAUAUCAUCCCCACAAGGAAGUCCAGAAGGUCCCGCCGGGCGAGAUCGUGCCUGUUGAAAUAGGUCUUUGGCCCAUUGGAAUGCAGUUUUACGAAGGGGAAAGUCUUCUGUUUCGAGUGGGUGGCAGUAAAGACGCCUACUUGGAGAUACCAGAUAUGCAAACGCCUAGUGUUUACGGGAUAAACAAGGGCAGGCACCAUAUUCAUUUUGGUGGAAAGUUCGAUUCAUAUGUAGUUGUUCCCUUCAUUCCAACUGUUUGA